AACAUUAUUUUUCAAAUAAGUUUAGAAUUUUAUUUUAGUACAAAUAAAAGCGUUCAAAUGAAAAGAUUGUAUAUAUAUGUUUUUAAUAUUUAAUACAAAGUUCAAACAUAACCCAAAAUACUCGAAUCCGAUAUUUACCGAAUCAAAUCUGAUCCAAAUAUGAAAAAUAUUUAAAUGAGUAAACAAAUUUUAAACCAAAAUAUUAAAAAAUUGAAAUAUUUGAUUCAACUUCGAAUAGGUAUUCAAACACUUUACUUUCCUAAACUCUUCCUUUUAUUUUCUUUUUAUUUUAUUUUAUUUUUCAUCUAAAAUUGGUACGGAAAAUAUAAAACAAAACAGAAAAGGAAAAUUGCAGGACCACUUGCUAAAACCUAAUCAUAUAUAAUCCAAAAUCUAAUCAAAUUUUGCUUUCAUGGGUCAGGCUUCGGUUCUAAAAUUCAGAAGAAAGGGUCAGUUGGAGUGUAUAUCUCAUAGAUAUUCAAUCAGCAGUUUGCCCUUGGCAUAAUCCUGUCUUUACUUCCGACAAAACUUGCUGUUUCCACAUCGGUUCUGUCCAAGAGGUGGAUGAAUCUGCUCCCUCUUGUAGACAGCAGCCUUGAUUUUGAUGACCCCAUCUUUCUCUAUCCCGACCACCGAGAUGCUGCUGCUACUGCAAGAUCAAGUAGUGGAUUCUCCGAUUUUGUGGACAAGACAGUCGCUCUUUUAAGUACAUGUCCCAUCAAGACUCUCUCCGUGAAUGGCCACUGCUACGAAAAUUCUCGUGUUGACGAUUGGAUUCGCGUUUCGUUACAACGCAGCUUAUCGGAACUACACUUGCGGUGUCCUCAUCGGAUAGACAAAGAUAGAGUAGAGUUGUUGUUUCGGUCAAAAACAUUGGUUAAGCUUACACUAUCCGAUGGAUGCGUUAUCGAACAUCUCCCUGAUGGACACAUGGACUUUACUGAUAAACCUUUCAUUAAUGAGAAAAUAAAUGAAGAUAGGUUUUUCCCAUCCCUCAAAUAGCUUUAUCUGGGCGAUAUCGUUAUUGAUGAUUCCUAUUAUUUCAAGGUCAUCCUUAUCUGCCCUGUUCUGGAAGAAUUGUUCAUACGUAACGAUGGCGUUUCACACCCGCCAAGUUGGAUUGGACUUGUGCCAAGUUAUCCUUUGAAGCGACUUGUGAUUUAUUACCUUGUUCUUCUUCCUGAGUAUAAAGAUGUUUACUCAGAUAUUGAAGUUCGCAUCGGUGGUCCACAAAACCUUGUCUUCUUUGAAUUUUCUAGUUAUGUCCAUGUUUAUUAUGAUAGUUUUGGCGACAUGGAGUCGCUUGUCGAAGCUAGACUAAAUCUUCGAUUAUUGGAGUCACCCGUUGUGAACUUAUGAUGAUGAUACCGAGACAGGUGAGUUUAAUGAUUUGCUUGUAGUGAAUGGUUUUGAUGAUAUCUUCGGUGAUGCUACAAUCCAUGGCCAGUUACGUAAAGAUCCUUCACUUAUCUGCUUAUUCUCUUGAGGUCAGUAGUAUCUCUUUUCUCUCUUUAAUUCUUUUUUGGUAUUUUUGAUUUAUUUAUUGAUGAAGCUGAAGCUUUAUAAAAUAAAUUAUAUUUUAGUAAUAAUUAGAACAAAUCUCAAUUCUAUUAAUAAAAACUGGAAUUCAAUUCUGGACAUGCAUAAAAAAAACAAAAAAAAAUCCCUAAAAACUAUUAAAAUCUUUAAAAAUAAUUCUAACUAAUUAAUAUAACUAUCAAAAUAAAUAGUAUAACUAAAAUACAAAUAAUUCAUCAUUAUCAUAAAUCUAUUAUGAAUAUGUAUAUAUAUAUAUAUGGUUUUGAUAAUAAUACAUACAUUAGGCGCUUCAUUUCGGCUGCCAAUUCAUCUUCAAAUUCCACAACCUCGUUACUUUAUGAUUCGAGAGCGACAGGGAUAAAAGCUGGCAAGUUCUGCCACGUCUGCUCAGAAUUACCCCAAAGCUACAAAAUUUAGUCAUCAAGGUAUCAGUUUCUUAGAUGGACAAAAAUUACAUUUUGCAACUGAUUUAUUAUUAUACACACAUCAAAUUGUUUUUUUUCUCUUUUAAACGAUUCCAGGGUCUCUUGCAUCGAGUUACAGGUAGAUGUGGAGAUGUGUGCCCUUGCUAUCAUCGUCCCAUACAUAAGAGAGUGAUUGGUGGUCGAAAACCGAAACUGUCUUGUUUACCGUCUCUUCCUCUGAAGGUGCUAGAGAUCUCAGGAUAUGGGGGAACUUGUAGAGAGAUUAAACAGAUGAGGCAUUUCUUGGGAAAACUGCAACUCGAACUUGUGAAAAUUGGAGUUCAACCAGAGUCAGAUUACAACAAUUUGAGAUCGAACCUAAUGAGACUUCCCAGACUCUCAUCCAAGUGCAACAUCCAGUUCAUCUGAAUUUCUAUCUCACUCUUGAUGACAAGUUGAGAAAUAGCUCUCCUGACUAGGCAAUUAAGUUUCCCAUAAUCGGCUGUUUCGAGCAUGUUUUAAAGGUUUUGUAGGACAAUUCGUUGGAUUCGAUUGUGUUUUAUUUAUAUACUAUCGUAAAUCCGUCCUGGGCGGUUGGGCGAAAAAAAGGUAUUCAAACACUCAUCCGUUGGCAUAAUGGUGAUGUCUAGCGCUGAGCAAAUAAACCGAACCCGAAUAUCUGAACCGGACCCAGUCCGCUGAAAAUGAAUCCGAACCGAUCCGAACCCGAUUUAAAUACCGAAUGGAUCUUGUAUUCUGGUAUUUCAGGUUAUGGGUAUUAUCCGAACCGAACCCGAACCUAAAUGGAUACCCGAUAGAACCCGAAACAUUCAAAAUCCACAAAAAGAACUUGUACCAAACAUGAUCUCAAUUCCUAAUAUUUAUCCAAAUUAUAUUGAACAUCUAAAAUAAUUAUCUGUUACAUGAAGAUUAAUGGUUGAAUGUGGCGGUUGGAGCUUGAAGCUUUUAGAUUUUGGUUUUGUUUUCAUUGAAUAAUGUUUCUCAUUUCAUGAGAACUUGGUUUUCGUUUU